ACUGCGUUCGUAGAUGCAUAUGCUGAACAUCACAUACAUCUCACGAGUGAAAUUCUUUUACAGUCCAAUUCCAUUGGGGAACCUAAAACUCUUGAACAAUCUACUAGUUUACGCCGAUUUCCGCCACUUGAAGCCUCUGUAUCCCCUGGACCAGACUUGCUUAACCUACUUCUGCUUCCACCUUCUUCAUCCGAUGCCCACAAUGAUAUCCCUAUUGGAAGGUUUUCUAGUAAAAAUAUUAGGCAAAGCGCGGAACCCUGUUCUCAAGACGAGUCAGCAGCAAAUACUUCGGUGAAUAAAGCUGAGAAAGACAAAGCACGGCUUGUAUACCUUAGCGAUGAUAAUGAUGAGGUCGGUUUCGAUUUGGUGGCUGGGCUCCCGUUCGCCAGGCUUCGUCGUUCGCAAGUUCCAGCUCUACAUGAUGCCUUAUUAACGGCCUGGGCAGCUAUCAAGGAAUGUAGAUCAGUACAAUCACAAUUACUCCAAAUAGAAACUUUGAAAUCCCCCCCAAAUGUAGAUCAAAAGUCUCUAUUGAAGGGAUCUUUUAUGAUGACACCUUGA